GAUUCAGAGCCCUCCCUCCUGCAAAGCUGGCUAGCCAAUAGGCACCUGGAGGGAGUAUGCCCACUGAUCCUAUUGGUUGACAACCUCCGUGCAUAAGGAAGAGAGAGGGAGGCAGGCCGGGCAGCAUUGUUAUCUUAAGACACUCAUCUGGUCCCUGAGUCUGCAGGUGACACUGCCUAGGUACGUAGUACUGAGCCUGAGUAUGGAAGCACAGGGCUACAGGCAGCCUUGGAAUCAGAUUGCCGAGAAGAACCAGCUCCUCCUUUAGGCGGCCUCAAGCCGGAGGGGACCUCUCUACUAGUUACCCACCUAUGUGGGUGCACCUGCUGUGUGUAGAGAAGGCAGGAACAAAUCAGCUAGCAGCAUGAUCUCUGCUGAAGCCUGUGGACUUGCCUUUCCCCGAGUGAAAAGCACUGAUUUGGAGGCGAGGGAGUAAGAGUCCUUUUUAGAGUUGGAAAAGAAGACAAGAUUCUAGAUUACUCCUCUGCAGAGGGACCUGGGACUCCCUAAGGGGUUGCCUCCUUACUGUCCUUGCUGUUCUCGGUCUGUCUUCACCCUCGGGAUCCAGUCUAGAAACACCCCUUAACCAUGCUUCGGGUUACCGGAGUUCUUGGUGUUCGACUGGAAGAGAGCAGGCGAGAGCUCCAGCAGCGCUAGCAGCGAAGGGAGGAGAGAAUUUGGAAAGGGGUAGCCCUGCUCUCUCAACAGUCUGAGAGAAAGACAUUCGCAUUCCCUCCAAAUAGGGGAGGUGGGGGGGGAAGCACGUGAAAUCAUGAAAUAAAAACUUUGGAAAGCUGCCACCGGAGAUGUGGUCGGAGCUGAAAAAACCCUGGAAUCUGUUAGGAAUCUCCUCCCAGACGCUCUGGGAUUUGGGAGCAGCUGAUACAGCAAGGAAGACUCUUGCAAGGAUUCAAGUUCCAGGGGCCCUGAAGGAGCAGUGUUGACGGGGAGAGUGUGGCGAGAGAAUGAAGAAGCCAACCGCCCAGGAGAAGCAUGAGGUGGCAGUGCGGCGUUCGGUUUAAAGCGCUUCGGCUGGCGAUCCCAUGGGCGACACUGCUGGCACUAUGCCUUCCCAGCUGGGUCUUUGCCACCACUGCCAUUGCCGCUGCUGUUGUUGCCCCUGAGCAACAUGCCUCUUUGGCUGGUCAGCCCCCUUUGGAUUGGUUGCUUACUGACCGCGGUCCAUUUCACCGUGCUCAGGAGUAUGCUGACUUCAUGGAACGAUACCGUCAAGGUUUCACCACCAGGUACAGGAUUUACAGAGAGUUUGCCCGAUGGAAGGUGAAUAACCUGGCUCUUGAAAGAAAGGACUUUUUCAGUUUGCCAUUACCCCUCGCCCCAGAGUUCAUCCGGAACAUUCGUCUCCUGGGACGGAGGCCCAGCCUUCAGCAGAUUACAGAAAACCUCAUCAAAAAGUACGGCACUCAUUUCUUACUCUCAGCAACUCUUGGAGGUGAAGAGUCAUUGACUAUCUUUGUGGACAAGAGGAAACUGAGUCGAAAAGCAGAAGCAAGUGAAACUGCUGGACCUGGGAGAAGUGGGAAUAGUUCAGUUGUGUCUCUGGAGACUCUACACCAGCUGGCAGCCUCCUACUUCAUUGACAGAGAAAGUACACUACGUCGUCUCCACCACAUUCAGAUAGCAACAUCUGCAAUCAAGGUCACAGAGACACGAACAGGCCCUCUAGGCUGCAGUAACUAUGACAAUCUGGAUUCAGUCAGCUCAGUCCUUGUGCAGAGUCCGGAAAACAAGGUGCAGUUACUAGGCCUGCAGGUGCUGCUGCCUGAGUACCUAAGAGAGCGAUUUGUGACAGCUGCUCUCAGCUAUAUCACCUGCAGCUCAGAAGGGGAGCUCAUCUGCCGGGAGAAUGACUGCUGGUGCGAGUGUGGACCCAGUUUCCCAGAAUGCAACUGCCCUGAACCGGACAUCCAGGCCCUGGAAGAUAGCCUGCUCCAGAUUCAGGACACCUGGGCUACUCACAAUAGGCAGUUUGAGGAGUCAGAGGAAUUCCAGGCUCUUUUGAAGCGACUACCGGAGGACCGCUUCCUGAACUCCACUGCCAUCUCCCAGUUCUGGGCCAUGGACUUAAGCCUCCAGCACCGUUACCAGCAGCUGGGGACCACCCUGAAACUUCUCUCCAAUAAGGCUCACCGUGUCAUCCGCCGCCUCUUCAAUCUUUGCAAACGCUGCCCCAGACAGCCCCGAUUCCGGUUGCCUAAGGAAAGACCCUUAUCAUAUUGGUGGAACCGGAUGCAGUCCCUCCUCUACUGUGCAGAAAGCACUUUCCCUGGGACUUUCUUGGAGCAGAGCCACAGCUGCACCUGCCCCUAUGACCAGUCCUCCUGCCAGGGUCCCAUCCCAUGUGCUUUGGGUGACGGGCCAGCCUGCGCUGUCUGUGCUCCAGACAAUAGCACCCGCUGUGGGAGCUGCAAUGAUGGCUAUGUGCUGACCCAGGGGUUGUGCCGGCCAGAGGUGGCAGAGUCCCUGGAGAAUUACCUCGGCCUGGAGACAGACCUGCAGGACCUCGAACUUAAGUAUCUGCUUCAGAAACGGGAUAGCCGCAUUGAAGUUCACUCUAUCUUCAUCAGCAAUGACAUGCGUUUGGGCAGUUGGUUUGAUCCCUCAUGGAGGAAGCGUAUGCUUCUAACUCUGAAGAGCAACAAAUACAAGCCAGGGCUGGUACAUGUGAUGCUGGCCUUGUCCCUCCAGAUCUGUCUCACCAAGAACAGCACACUGGAACCUGCCAUGGCCAUCUAUGUCAAUCCCUUUGGGGGUAGCCAUUCAGAGAGCUGGUUCAUGCCUGUCAAUGAAGGAAAUUUUCCAGACUGGGAAAGGACUAAUGUGGAUGCAUCGGCGCAGUGCCAAAACUGGACACUCACCCUGGGGAACAAGUGGAAGACCUUCUUUGAGACCGUUCAUGUCUACCUGAGGAGCCGAAUCAAAUCCCUAGAUGACAAUUCUAAUGAGACACUUUACUAUGAGCCCCUUGAGAUGUCUGAUCCUUCCAAGAAUCUGGGCUACAUGAAAAUCAACAGCUUGCAGGUCUUUGGCUAUAGCAUGCCCUUUGACCCUGAUGCUAUUCGGGAUUUAAUCCUCCAGCUGGAUUACCCAUACACUCAAGGUUCCCAAGACUCUGCCCUUUUGCAGCUUAUUGAGAUUAGGGACCGAGUGAACCAGCUUUCUCCCCCCGGGAAAGUCCGGCUUGACCUCUUUUCUUGCUUGCUCCGGCAUCGGCUCAAGCUGGCCAACAAUGAAGUGGGCAGGAUCCAGUCCUCCCUGAGGGCCUUCAAUGCCAAACUGCCAAAUCCUGUGGAGUAUGAGACUGGCAAGCUCUGCAGCUAACCAGGGGGCCCUGGUUAUGCCGUGGACCUGGGAAACAGGAGGAGCCAAGACUGUCCAAAGGGCCUUACCUUAGUGCCAACAGUGUGCAUUGAACAAAUGAGACCUCAAGGCAUGGAUUGAAUCACAUUCAAGGGAGAAAAGAUGGACACAGAUGUGGGCACAUGGAAAAAUAAUUGUACACACAAACAUAUGUUUUCUCCCCCUCAGUGGGAGUCUAGAACAAAGCAGAAUCUGAUUGGUAAAAUCAGGGAUUUCUGAUGUAAGAACAAUUGAUAAGAGAAGAGAUUUUUAAAAGCCUUCUCAAAACACACACACACACACACACACACACACACACACACACACACCACAAAUUCUUGAAAGUGAUUCUUGCCAUUCAAAGGAAAGAAAGAGACAAGUGGGGUUGAGCCCUGAGCCUCCCCCCUUCAUGGAGUCACUUUUGUAUUCUUUUUAACCAGAUGUUUCUAACGAUGUAGUGGUUUUGUGUUCCCCAUUUUGGUUUUUCAGUUUUUGUAUUCUUCCUCUGCUGUGCCCUCUCAACACUGCCUUGUCCUUCAGAAUUCACCCCCUUGGGAAACCCUUGAGAAUGAAACAGACAGAGAUUGUGUUUGUUGCUUCUCCUCACCAUCCCUAUCCCUCAGCCUUUCUUGACCUUCCCCUCUUCCUCUCUUCCUCACCCACAGUUCCAGGACUCCACACUUCUCCCAUCAUCCCCAUGCAUCUCCUCCAUCUAACUGGACUUAUUCCCUGGAAGCAAUGCUGUCAAGUUAGUAACAGGUAUUCAAUGUAUAGGAUCACUUUCUUUUCUUUUUUUUUAACCAAAAAUAUAUUUAUUUUAUGAUUUUUUUUUGUUAAUUUGCUCCAGACAAGUGACAUCUGAGUAAAAUUUACCUGGUUUAAUAUAUUUUUUAAAAAUGCCUUUUUGAGGAAAAAAAUGAGAAAAGAGAAAAAAAAAGAGUGUCUUUCUCUGGGUUGGCUAGAAUUUUUGUUUGUUAUUGUUGUGAACAUGUUGGUGUGCUAGAACUGAAUGGCUUGAUUGGUGUGGGGACUCGUUAGAAAGAAAUGUUGAUGUGUUCUAGGCAUUGUGCGUGUUGCUGGAUGUGUAUGUGUGCAAAUCGUGAGCAUGUUUAUGAAUGGUCCAAAAGCCAAUUAAUAGAUAUUUAUUAACACUUGUUAUGUGCUUGGCACUAAAUAAGGGAAAAUAUAAUCUCUUCAUUAGUCUUUUCUCUC